GUCCUCUUCAGUCUUUAUGGUCUCUAGUACUAGGGUCUCUGCUUGAGUACCCCUCAUAUCCUCCCAGGAGUCUACCCUGACUGAGGUCUGCAGCUUGUCACAGAGAUACCCCACUCUCAGUUUCUCUUUUCUCUAUAAGUCUGUCUUCUUGCCCUUGCUUUUCUCAGGUCUGAUCUCUACCCUCUUAACUCUCUGUAGCCUCUCUCCUAGCUUGUUCCUUCUCUUCAGCCAUUACUCUCUCUGUUCUGUCUCUCCUUCUGAGUUGAGAUUUAUGCAUCCUCCCUUGGGUCCUCCUUCCUACUUAUCUUCUUUGGGUCUGUGUUUCAUAGUGUGCUUCUUUUGUCUAUAUGGCUAAAAAUCCCUCUAUAAGUGAGUACAUACUAUGUGUGUCUUUCUGGGUCUGGGUUACCUCACUCACAAUGAUCUUUCUAAUUCCAUCCAUUUGUCAUCAAAUUUCAUGAUUUCUUUGUUUUUAAUAGCCAAGUAGUACACUUCUAUUGUGUAAGUGUGCCACAGUUUCUUAAUCCGUUCUUCAAUUGAGAGACAUCUAGGUUGUUUCUAGAUUCUGGCUAUUAUGAAUAAAACUGUUAAGAACAUUGUUGAGCAAGUGUCCUUGUGGUUUGGUGGAGCAUAUUUUGUUUAUGUACCCAGAAGAGGUAUAGCUGGGUCUUGAGCUAAAAUUGUUCCCAAAAUUCUAAGAAAGUGCCAGGCUGAUUUCCAAAGUGGUUGUGCUAGUUACAUUCCCACCAGCAAUAGAGGAUUGUUCCCUUUUCUCCACACCUUUGCCAGCAUGUGCUGUCACUUGAGAUUUUCAUCUUAGCCAUUCUGACUUGUGUGAGAUGGAAUCCCAGAGUCAUUUUUAUUUGCAUUUCCCUUAUAACUCAGGAAGCUGAUCAUUUUUUAAGUGCUUCUCAGCCAUUUGAGAUUCCUCUGUUGAGAAUUCUCUGUUCUGUGCCCCAUUUUUUAAUUGGGUUAUUUUGGUUUUUGUUGUUUGAUUUCUUGAGUUCAUUAUAUAUUUUGGAUAUUAGCCCUUUGUCAGAUUUUGGAUUGGUAAAGAUCUUUUCCCAAUCUGUAGGUUGCCUUUUUGUUCUAUUGACAGUGACCUUCGCUGUACAGACACUUUUCAGUUUCAAAAAGUACCAUUUAUUAUUUUUUGAUCUUAGAGCCUGAGCCGUUGGUGUUCUGUUCAGGAAGUAGUCUCCUGUGCCAGUGAGUUCAAGGUUCUUCCCCGCUUUCUCUUCUAAUAGAUUUAGUUUAUCUGGUCAUAUUAAGGUCUUUGUUCCACUUGGAUUUGAGUUUUGUGCAGGUAGAUAAAUACAGAUCUUUUACAUGUAGACAUCCAGUUAGGCCAGCACCAUUUAUUGAAGUUGCUUUCUUUUUUCUAUUGUAUGUUUUGGCUUCUUUGUCAGCAAGUGACCAUAAGCAUGUGGGUUUAUUUCUGGGUCUUAGCUUUGAUUCCAUUGAUGGCACUAGUUCAUGCCAGUGCCAUAAAAUAGUUUUUAUUACUAUUGCUCUGUAGUAUAGCUUGAAUUCAUGGAUGGGGAUACCUCCAGAAGUUCUUUUAUUGUGUAAGAUUGUUUUAGCUAUUCUGUUUUUGUUUGCUUGUUUGUUUGUUUGUUUUUCCCCUUAUGAAGUUGAGAAUUGUUCUUUCCAGGUCUGUAAAAAAUUGUGUUGGUGUUUCGAUGGGGAUUGCUUUGAACCCAUAGAUUGCCUUUGGACACAGUGACCUAUGAGGAUGUGCAUGUGAAUUUCACUCAUGAAGAGUGGAGUUUGCUGGAUUCUUCCCAGAAGAGUCUCUAUAGAGAUGUGAUGCUGGAGACCUACUGGAACCUCACUGCAAUAGGUUACAAAUUAGAAGACCAGAAUAUUGAAGAAUACUGUCAAAGUUCCAGAAGACAUGGAAGCUACAACAUCUGUCACUGUGGAAACAAGCCUUGUGAGCAUAACGGAUAUGGAAAGAAGCAGUGUGCCUUUACACUGAACAGUUUUCUUCAAAUAUAUGAAAGAAUCCAUAGUGAACAAAAACCCUAUGAAUGUAAUCAAUGCAAUAAAAUCUGUGCAAAUUUCCAUAGUCUUCGUGAACAUGAAAAAAGUCAUAUUAGAGAAAAACCCUAUGAAUGUAAUCACUGUGGUAACACUUUUCCAAGUUGCAGUUCUCUACAGAUCCACAUAAGAACUCAUACGGGAGAAAAGCCGUAUGAUUGCCACGAAUGUGGUAAAGCCUUUGGAUGUAGCAGUCAUCUUCAAAUACACAAAAGAAGUCAUGUGGUAGAGAAACCUUAUGUUUGCAAUGAAUGUGGUAAAGUAUUUGCACUUCGCAGUAAUCUUCAGAGACACAAAAGAAGUCAUACAGGAGAGAAACCCUAUGAUUGCAAUGAAUGUGGUAAAGCCUUUACAAGUCGCAGUAAUCUUCAAAUACACAAAAGAACUCAUACGGGAGAGAAACCCUAUGAUUGCAAGGAAUGUGGUAAAGCCUUUGCAACUCGCUGUCGUCUUCAAAAACAUGAAAGAACUCACACUGGAGAGAAACCUUAUCAAUGUAAUCAGUGUGGUAAAGCCUUUACAGGCCACAGUCAUCUUCAAAUACAUGAAAGAAGUCACAAUGGAGAGAAACCCUAUGAAUGUUCUCAAUGUGGUAAAGCCUUUGCACAGAAUGGUGAUCUUCACAGGCAUGAAAGAAUUCAUACUGGAGAGAAACCCUAUGGAUGUAAUCAGUGUGGUAAAGCCUUUGCAAGUCGUAGUAAUCUUCGAAAUCAUGAAGAACAUCAUACUCUUGAGAAACCCUAUGAAUGUACUCACUGUGGUAAAGCCUUUGCAUAUUGCAGUAAUCUUUAUAUACAUGAAAGAAUUCAUAAGGGAGAGAGGCCCUAUAAAUGUAAUCAAUGUGGUAAAGCCUUUGCACGCUCCAGUUAUCUUCAUAUCCAUGAAAGAAUUCAUGCUGGAGAGAAACCCCAUGAGUGUAGUCAAUGUGGAAAAGCAUUUUUAUUUCCCAGUAGUCUUCAAAUACAUGAAAGAACUCACACUGGAGAUAAACCUUAUAAUUGUACUCAAUGUGGUAAAGCCUUUGCACGCCGCAGUCUUCUUCAGGUACAUGAAAGAAGUCAUAGUGGAGAGAAACCUUAUGUGUGUAAUCAUUGCAGUAAAGCCUUUGUGUGUCGCAGUAGUCUUCGAAUACAUGAGCGAUCUCAUACUGGUGAGAAACCUUAUGAAUGUAAUCAGUGUGAUAAAGCCUUUGCAAGUCGUAGUAGCCUUCGAAAUCAUGAAAAACAUCAUACAGUUGAGAAACCUAAUGAAUGUACUCAGUGUGGUAAGUCACUUGCAUGUUGCAGUCAUUUUCAAAUUCAUGAAAAAGGUCAGACUGCAAAGAAACUCUAUGAAUGUACUCAAUGUGGUAAAGCCUUUGCAUCUUGGAGUAGUCUUCAUAAUCAUGAAAAAUGUCAUACUGGAGAGAUACCCUAUGGAUGUAAUUGAGGCUGCAAACUUUUGGCACAUCACUGUAAUCUCCAAACACAUCAGAGAUGUGCUGGAAAGAAACGAUACUAAUAUAUAGUCAAUGUGAUAGUGCCUCUACAUGUUACACGCUUAUUCAAAGGCAUGCAAGCAUUCCUACUAGAGAGAAGCACCAUAAAUCUAAUAAAUACAGGAAAGCCUUGCACAGCAAACAGUUUUUCUCACUGAGCCAUCUCAGUGUCGUUCAUGCAAGAUUAGUAGAACCAGUUCGUCAUUAAAAUACUGUCCUGUUUCCAAAUUGUAUACAAAGUGUUAUCCAAGGAGAGAGGAACACAGUAAUUUGAAUAAUAAACCUGUUUAAAAAUGAAAAUGAUAUUUACACUGCCAUCCAUUUUUAUGGGUUAUUUUAGUUUUUUCUGAGGAAUAAAUUCUUGUUCUUAACACUUUCUCAGAAACACAGCUGAAUACCAGAGAAUUGUCUGUAAAGUGGGUAAAGGUGGUUGAUGCUAAGCUGAUGACCUAUGUUUAUUCUCAGGGGGAUCCACAUGACUCAUGCAAGAUUUGUUUUCUGAUUACUAUGUGUACUACUAGUUUUAAGGUAUGUCAUACUAAUAUAAUAGGUCAAGCAAUAUUUAGAGGUUUCUGAUAGCAAGAUCCUCGUGCCUCGAUUAUGGGAAGCAUGGUCAUUUGCAAAGAAAGUAUGAACAAUCUCAGUCUCAAAAUGGCUGGUGCAUUAACUGUGAGAAAUAUAGUACUUUGUUCUGCACUGGAAAGUGAAUGAGGCAUCUCUAAGGGUCUUUUAAUAUAAACCAGAAUGAUGGCCAAGUCUUCCAGUGGUGUGUAGGCAAUGUGGCAAGGGUUGCCGUUGGACCGGUGAAUGUAGGUUCAAGAUAGGUAUCCAAGACAGUAUAAAUAUAUACCCACAAAUGCAUAAAAAAACAACAAGAUAAAGUUCUUCUUCUGGUGUUACGUAAUGAGAAGGCUCUUUCUUUUAGCAGUACUAAAAAUCUUCACACACCAAUGCCAAAGCAUCAGGAUGAAAUGAAUUCUGAGUCCACAGUUUAAAAAGGCUGGACUCUUUCCAUUCCAUAUAUCUGUUCAUUUAUUGUCAUACAGGAUAUCACAGUAUAGCCUAAAUUGGCCUGAAUUUGCAAUGUACCACUGACUAGCCUGGAACUCAUGGAAUCCUGCAUCAGUAUUCUAAGUAGUGAGUUUGCAUGGGUGAGACAAGAUGCCCAGUUUCUGUCUCCUUAAAACAACAGACUAGGGGCUGAAGAGAUGGCUCAGCAGUGAAGAGCAGUGACUGUUCUUCCAAAGGACCUGAGUCUGGUACCCAUUUAGCAGCUCACAGCUGUAUAAUUGCAGUUCUAGGCGAUCUGACCCCCCCCCCACACACACACAUACAUGGAAGCAAAACAGCAAUGUACAUAAAUUUUUUUCUAGAAAAAAAUAUAUAUUUUUAAAUAACAGACUAAUUGCCUGAGGGAUGGGUGCUGAGUGAAGUUGCAAGAACUGUCACCGUGGUGCCCUCGCCUUCCUGCCCCAGGCUGUGGCUCCUGUUAGGUACCAUAAUAGGAGCUGUUAAAAUGUUGGCACCUUGGCCUCCUGCUAUUUUGAGGUACUGCCAUAGGAGUUGCCCAUGGUGGCGGCACCUACUUUCCUGCCUCAGCCUGCAGCCAUACUGAGAUAGCACUGCUGGACACCUCCCUAGGUAUACAGUGAUCAUGCUGCAGCCAAGAAGGUCUUCCUAUCUUACCUUACCGAUGGUUCUGAUAUAGGGAAAAGGGUGUGAAUAAAAGCCAUGAAUCCCUGAGCAGUAAACCCUACCCCCACCCCAGUAAUCCUUGAGCUUCCCACAAUCCUUGAGUAAUCCCAGAGCUUGCCAAACUCAGGAUUUAAAAUUACACCAAUUCUCAGUCUGGAACUCUCUGCCCUGAAAAGCCCAGCUUCCUAAGAAAUCCUGGAUAAGCACUGCUCUUUGUUCACCUCCCCGCUGUCUUCUCCCAGGAAUCAACCCUAGAUUCAUCCCUCUACACCCUGGACCCUCCCAAUAAAUCUCAUAUGAGAUUUGCUGCUUGGUGUGACUCUUCUUGGGAGAAGCCAAGGAGCAAUGAAGAGAAGUGGAACAGGGCUGAGGCUCCUGAGCUCCGUGGCUCAGCUGGGAAUACCCUCCCCUGGGAGCUCACUGCCUCUGCUGAGGAGGCUUCUUCUCAGAGCUGUGUUUCCUAAGCUUCCGUACAUCAGGAUGCUCUUCCACCGAGAUGCAAUCCCACCUCAGGGAUGUGUGGUUCCUGGGCUCCUGUGUCUCAGGAUGCCCUUCCAUUGGGACACUGUCCCACCUCGGAGGUUUGUGGUUCCUGACCUCCUGUGUCUUAGGAUGCAUGUCCAUUGGGAUACCUUCUCUCCUCAGAGCUGUGGUUCUUGGACUUCUGAGCCUUGGGAUAGCCUUCCAGGCAAGCAGGAAGGCCAACAAAGACCACUUCUAGAUCUUAUAAUGUAUGUAUUUCUAACACCCCAGAAUGUCAUUGAUGAAUUCAUCAUGAAUCCCUUUAUUGAUAAAUGGUUAGUGGCCAGAAAGGGAGGGAGUUGGAACGGGAACAGUAUAAUCCUUCUGCUUCAUGCUUAUCUAGGGCAUUUAGCUUCUUGAGGCAAGUCUGAGUAUCACUCUUAGGGUAUAAUUUUGUGUUGUGGGCCUCUGGAUCUGUGGUUAGGGGCUGGUGAUCUGGUAAUAAUAACUGGUUAAAACUCUGAUUAGAAAUCUUUUGGAUUUGUUUUUGAAGAAAGAAAUCUAGAUAAGUUUAGGAAGCAGAUACAACUAGUAUGAUCAAGAAGGCACCCAAGGGGCUGGAGAGAUGGCUCAGCUGUUAAAUGUAAGAAGAGAGCCAGGCACGGUGCCAUAUACCUGUAAUCCUAGCCUAGGGAGGCAGGGACAGAUGUAUCUCUGUGAGUUCGAGGCCAGCCUGAUCUACAACCAAGAGUGCACAGAGACAUUGUCUCAGGGAAAAAAAAAAGAGUAGGGAGUUUACAAUUCCCUCUGAGGCACCUUUCCACAGUUCCCUCUGUACCAUCUGGCUGUUCUGAGUUCAAUUCCUGGCAACCAUAUGAUGGCUCAUAACCAUCUAUAAUGAGAUCUGGUACCACCUUCUGGCAUGCAGGUAGAAUGCUGUAUAAAUAAAUAAAUAAAUCGUUUUUUAAAAGAAGUAUACAGUUCUAGACUAUAUUGUCAAUGAUCCACUGGCCUGAGACAUGGAGUUGUUUCUUAAGAUUUCUAGGAGAUCCGUCUGAACUUGUUGGAUCUUGUCUUUUACUAUACCCAAUUGGUUAACAUAAAUGUGGCAUUCCUCACCAAGGAAGAGAGAAAGGUCACCUCUCUCAGCUGUUAGUAAAUCUAGCAGAUAUGCAGAGUUUAAAGUCUGAAAUGAGAUGGUAAGGCAGGGAAGGGAGAUAUUUUCUAAAAUGGGGGAUAUCAGGAAUGUGAGGAGCUCUGAGGAGCCCUGGACCACACCUUGUACCAUGUCCCUAUACCUAGGGGUUGAGAGAAUGGGAUGUGUACCCUCUGUGUUUUGACUGUGCAUGAUGGACAACUGUGGCAAAUGUUAUAGUAAAGUUUAACACUGACCCCCAUCUCCCAUUUGUGGUGCUAUGGGUCCUUAACAAAGGAUCUGUACAUUCUUUAAGAGAGUUAUGUCAGUAACUUGAGUGAAUUAAAAUGUUGGGCAUAGCUGAAAGGGCUGGUGAUCUGGUAAUAGGUAAGUGUAGAGUCUUCUACUGAUGCUACCUGAAGAAAGAGAACUCUGGAAGUGGUAGUGUUGGGGACCAUAUACCUGUAAUCCCAGCACUUGUUAAGAGACAUAGUCUAUAUAGUGAAAAGAAGACUGCAAUAGGUGACUGGAAGGUAAGCCUUUUGAUUUGUAUAGCAGAAAUUUAGGUGCAGCUCACAGACAAGGAGUCCAGCCUUGGUUAAUAUGGUCCAAUUUUUAAAUUGAGGGGUGUCCAGCUCGACCUUAGAAGGUAAGACCCUAUAUCUCUGGCUGGACAGGGAGAGGUGUCUGCCUGACUAAUUUGCAGGGAUGGAAUACAAAGAUCAUCUAUAUAUUGACUAAAGUUGG